AUGGCUGGAGGCGCGGACCUAACUGUUCCUCAAGUGGGCAUGAAAAAUAUAAUGGACCGAAACCAAGAAGCAGAGAAGGUUAAUCACCAUAGGCCUGGCACUGAUGCAGUCCUCAUGGCUCCAAAAGUGCCCAAGGCUGUGCCACCAGUUUCAUCAGCAGCUGAGGGUGAGAGCAUUAGACGCCCCCGUGGCAGGCCAGCCGGCUCUAAAAAUAAGCCAAAACCACCCAUUAUUGUCACUAGAGACAGUGCAAAUGCGCUCAGGGCUCAUGCCAUGGAAGUGAGCUCAGGCUGUGAUGUAAGCGAGUCUUUAGUGAACUUUGCUAGAAGAAAGCAAAGAGGAAUUUGUGUCCUUAGUGGAAGUGGGUGUGUAACCAAUGUUAUGCUACGGCAACCUGCCUCGCAGGGGGCUAUUGUGACCCUCCAUGGCAGGUUCGAGAUUCUCUCAUUGCUUGGAUCCAUCUUACCCCCACCAGCCCCACCAGGAAUCACAGGUUUAACCAUUUACUUAGCAGGGGCUCAGGGGCAGGUGGUUGGUGGUGGUGUUGUUGGUGCACUCAUUGCUUCAGGCCCUGUUGUGAUCAUGGCUGCAUCGUUCAUGAAUGCAACUUUUGAUCGUUUGCCACUGGAUGAUGAUGACAUUGCCGCAGCUGUGCAGAAUCAGCAUUAUCAGAACGGUCGUCACCACCAUCUUGACAUUUCAGAUUUAUUUGGGAUGCCCCAGAACUUGCUCACUAAUGGCACUAUGCCUCCUGAGAUAUACAGUUGGGCUCCAGGACGAACCAUGUCAAAAUCCUGAUCUGUUGUUCAUCAAAUUGACAAGUUCUAUGUUGUUUCAGGGUCUUUA